CGCGGCGCCCUGACUGUUGGAAACCAGGAACUGUCCUGCAACGGUUGGAACUAUUAAACAAUGUACAACAAAAUUAUCGAUCGAAAUCUUCAAACUACCUGCAACAUCCACCAUGUUUCCUUCAGAGCAUGGAGACUCUUUCAGUAAUAACAUCAACUGCUGAGCUGAGAGAAUGAACAGGACAGCCAGCCUAUCAGGGGACACCCUGAUCGCGUGUCACUUCCCCCUGGUGCAGCUCCCCCCCUGGCAGCUUCCUGUGCAGGCGGCUCUGUGCAGCGGCUCUUCCAAGCGGCCUGGUCGACUGUGCUCCAGCUCCGUGGGUCUGACCCGCGCUGCCUCCCUCCCCGAGCAAGGCAACCUCCACAGAGAGCCCUUCCACAACCGCCUUAGACAUAUCUCCUCCAGCUACUGGAGCCUCAACGAGGACUGGGGCGAGGGGGACGGGGAGGGGGGCAGUGACAGCAGUGGGAAGUGUGACUCUGGAUCCUCAUCAGAGGAGGCGUCACAGAUGACCAUCUCUCAAAGACAUAAACAACACCCUGUAGUUGGAGGUACUUCACGGCUACACAACUCCUUUCUCCCUAAUGAAGGGGUGGAUGAAGAUGAGGAGGAUGAAGAUAGUGAUGGAGAUAACCUGCACAGAUACCAUGAGGACUCCUCUUUUGUGCUGCAGUUGCAUGGAAACUCUAACUGGGCCCUGAGUAAUGCUGGGAGGCAGACCUCCAAACCUUCUAGCCAAUCAGCCAGUCAGAACCAUGACAACAGGGGUAAAACUGUGUUGAAGGACUGUGGGGAGCAGGAAAGACUGGAGGAUGUUGAAGAUAAUAUGCUAAAAUGUGGUGAUGAGAGCUACUGCUUCAGCUAUGGCCAAACAAAAUGUUUCCCUGAGUCUUUCUCUGAUGGUCUUCUAGAGUACGUCACAGACUCCUCCUGCAACAGCUCAGAUGGGGUUCUCGUCAACUUUAGUGCGAUCUACAACAAGAGUAACAACCCUGCCACCCCAAACGACCUCAGCAUUCCUGCAAUGCAGUCAUCCCAGCCAGCAGAAGGCACUGUCGUCCUAAACCUGCAACCUUUCCCCCAGGAGCCCCAGGGUCCUCAAGCUGCUGGCCCCAGUCAGGAGGGCAGAACAACCUCCUUUCCUCUUGACGGGGUGCCUUCUGUCCCCUGCUGGUCACCACAGGCGCUGGACUCCAACUGUAAUGUCUACCUUCCAGACGCCCACGGCCUCCUGUCCUCUCUGGAGGUCUCUGACCUCACUUCCUGUCUCCAGAGCCAGGCCAGGCUGCUGCCCACAGGGACCACCCAGAAGUACUACAAGCUGGUGACCUGUGACCUAUCAUCCCAAUCAGCCUCGCCCAGCCCAGCCUGGUCCAGCACCACCAGCGUCACCUCAGAGGGCCACUACUUCCUCUUCAGUAAGGCCCGGGGAGAGCAGAGCCAGGAGGAGAAACAGCAGGAAGAAGGCUUAGACAAAGAAGGGAGGAGAGCUACCCCAUUGCACCAUCCUCGCUGUUUGAGCUGGGACUCCCAGCAUGUCACCUCCUUUGCUGAGAUUGCCUACUGUAAGAGACAUACAGACAGCUGCCAGAGCUCCAGCCACUCCCACACCUCCCAGGAUCUGUGUCCCAUUCAAGAGGCAGUUUCCCUGGGCCAGAGUAGCAGCCACUCCCCCCUCCUCCUGAGUCCCAACCAAGGCAGUAUCACUGUGUCCAACCACCCUUCUGUGUCACCGAACAAUGAGACGGAGGAGGAGGGGGCAUGUUCAUGGGCCACUCCUGUGGUUCGCUACAGUAAGGCUCAGAGGCCCACCUCCCUGCCCAUCCAGCCCUUCGUCCUGCUUCCCCCAGCGGGUAAACCUCAGAGCCAGCCCCUGGGCUCCCUGCUGGACCAGUACAUCAGCCACAAGAACACCAAGCCCAGCUUCAGCUCCCAGCCAGGGUCCAAGUGCAUAGGCAAAGGCAACAGACUCCUGACCCACCUGCAUCCCUCACCGCUAGGCAGCUAUGGAGCCAUCCUCCUGGAAGGCCCCUCCAGCUCUGAUACCUGCUCCACCUGCACCCCCAGUCCAGAACGCUUCCAGUCCAGACUCAACUGGACACAUUCCAGUCCAUACAGGCCCCACACUAACCUUGGUCUCACUUCAACCAGUCCAAAACAAGCACAAACAAGCACCAAACUAACCCAGGCUUAUUCAUGCCAGGACCAGCUCUAUGAAGACCUAGACCAAAUCUACCCCAGCCCAGUUCAGGCCCACAGUAGCCCAAACCAGUCUCAUUGUAAAGAUUCAAUCAAACGGAGCCAAGGCAUGGCUCAGAUCUGCCAAGAUCUCAUUCGCCUGUCCCCAGAGCAGAAGAGCCUCAACCCAGUCCUCCUGACCCACAGCCCUCACUGCCCCAUCUCCCAUGUAGCAAUCAUGUCACCCUCUGUCAGUCACAUCCAUCAUCCAGACCUGCUGGUGUCCUUCUCUCCAGACCCACCCUUACUGCCCCACAAGACAAUCCCACUAUCCUCAGUCCCUAUGACUGGGUCUGCAGCCUCUCACCGUAGCCUGACAGCUGCUUUCUCGUCAGUGGCCCCUCUGUCCUCUCUGAGCGCCCUUCUGCAGCCCCUGGUGUCUGCAGGGCCCAGUGUAAAGCAGCAUCAACAACAGCACUGUGACUCCUUCAGCCUGAGUGACAGUAGGCCACCUGUGGAGUUCUGCCUGUCACCUGAAGCCUCCUACGAGUCUCUGUCCAUCAGCCACCUGCAGAGGAGAGGUCUGCUGAAAUCUGUGAGCUUGGCAGUGGAUUUGAUCAUGGCUCAUUUUGGCACCAGUCGAGAUCCUGUGGAAAAGAUCAGGCUAGGGAACAGCUUGAGGUGUCCCACCAUUGGUGGUAUAGUCCUGGAGCAUCUGUGUCCCACCAUCCAGAACAUUCUGCAGGAUGGCAUUAGGGACCACAAACUUGACCUGAUCAUCGGUCAUCGACGCAACCAUGCCUGGAAUGUGGUGGAGGCCUCCACCCAGACAGGCCCUACCACCCAGGUGCUACACAGCCUGUUGUCCAAGGUGAGGCAGUGCUCCCUGCUGACCAGCCACUGUAUGAGACUACGAGCCUUCAUCAUGGGCCUGCUCAACUUGAGAGCCUUGGAAUUCUGGCUAAAUCACCUCUACAACCAAAAAGACAUGGUGACAGAUCACUACCAUCCAUGGGGUUUCCUCGCCAUGUCGCAGGGGCAGUGUCAGCCUCUGUUCCAGGAACUCCUUCUCCUGCUGCAGCCUCUUUCCAUGUUACCCUUUGACCUCAACCUGCUGCUGGAGCCCCGCCUGCUUCAAAACAGACAGCUCUGCUCCGAGGAACAAGCUCCACCAUGCUCCACCUUUCUCAUGACCAGUUGGCCCCUACUGAGAGGAGACAGACAGGGGGCAUAUGGUUCUAUGGAUGGUCCCAGAGAUAACAGCAGGCCACCAGGUGACCCACACCAGCUGGUACAGCAUCUUCAAGGGUCCACCCAGGGGUCAAAGGUCAUGGGUCAUGAGAAGUGGGUGAGGCAUUUAGGCAAGUCUAGCAGAAGUCUGUGGUCAGUCACCAGUCCAGGGUGGUGGCAGAGACGGCCUGCCCACACAGAGGGGGGGGUGGAAUAUGGACAGAUUUACAUGGAUGUCAUCCACACUGAGCCUCAGCAGGGGAUGGAGGGGCAGAGAGAAGGUGAGAGUUCACAGGAGGGCAGGAGGGAGGGAACUGGGCCGGAGACCCCCAGGAUGCCGGCAGACCCCCAGGUUGAGAGCCUCUCCCAGGGUGGGCUACGCUGGGCCAAGCUGUUUGGAUCAGGAGGGAAUCCCCCCACCAGGACACAGAGGGCACCUCAAAAUCUCAAUGGGACACAGGCCCAGAAAAGGAGACCUUCACAGUGGCUGCAGUUGGACAGGUCUCAGCUGGGCCUAUUGGCUCAUACAGUGUGGUCAGGGAAACUGCCAGCUCCACAGCCUGACCAGAAACACCAAACAUAGACAUUGUGCCCCUAUGACCACACUCACCCAACCCUCUGAUGAGUAGAGAGGGAUAGGGAGGAGAAGAAAAGAUACACCACCAAAAUGUCAACCGCAUGAUCCUGAGUCAGUGUUAUAGUGCACAGUGUUACACACAGACACCUCAGCUAGAGCACACUCACACUGGUCAGAAAAGCACAGUAGACCAGUUGAUACAACUAUUGGAGCAUGGGUGAUACUUUUUGCUAUGUUAUUAUUAGGCAAUAACAA